GAUGAGGUCUGGGUCGUCUACAAGCCGCCCCUGUGGCAGAUGGGGGGAACUCCGGACACCUGGAAUGUCCAGUUGAAAGACUACCUCCGAUGCAAAACGAAGCAGGAAGCUUUGGACAAGAUGUGGACAGACAAGAAGAGCUGCUUGCAG